UGCAACACUUGUAAGCAGCCGGGCCAUAGAACAGCUGACCUCACGGCAACUUCCAAUUAGAUUAUUUUUAGGAUGGAAAUUAAGUUUAGCUAACUAUAAUGGAGAUAUUGAAUGCAGAUGUCUCGAAAACAGUUUCAAAGUCCCCAAAAAAUGGUAUGUCAACGGGCGGCAAAAUCCUAAUAGCGGCUACAGGAGGUGUCGGCAUUGGGCUAUCAAUUGUGUGCGCAUCCUUUGUGGCUCCCGCUUUCCGGAGGAUUUGCUUGCCUUAUGUGCCGGCCACUACCGAACAAAUCCAAAAUGUCCUUAGCUUUCUACCCAAGAACGCGGGCGGAAAGCUGCUGGACAUUGGAUCCGGGGACGGGCGAAUCGUUAUUGCUGCUGCACAGCACCACAAAACUUUGCAGACAGACGGCGUGGAGCUAAACCCCUGGUUGGUCUACUACUCCCGCUUGGCUGCACUGCGUCAUGGGGUUUCAAAACAGACGAGGUUCUUUCGGCGAGACUUGUGGAAAUUCGACAUCAAGGACUACAACUUCGUUGUCAUUUUCGGCGUAGAGCAGAUGAUGAAGGACCUGGAGCAAAAACUGAUCGCCGAGUGUCCACACAACACCAAGAUCAUCGCCUGCCGCUUUCCACUGCCUAACCUGCAGCACGUAAAGAUCAUCGAGGAUGGAGUGAACACAGUGUGGUUCUACGACCUUAACAAAAACAGUUGAAACGGCUAGCCGAAUAGUUAUUAAACUGGUAUUUUAUUGUUUUCCACGACAAGAAAACGUUGCUUAAGAUAAAUGCUAGAAGGGUUGGUCAGUAAUACAAACUUUAUACCUUA